AUGGAGAUGAGACUUGUCGCCUGCGAGCGUAUGUCAGGGACACAAUGCUCGAAAAAGACUCCAUUGAGUUUGUGCUUCGUGAAGCAGUCUGUCUGCAAUGCAGAUGAGGCUUGUCGCCUGCGAGCGCAUGUCAGGGACACAACCCUCGAAAAAGACUCCAUUGAGUUUGUGCUUCGUGAAGUAGCCUGUCUGCAAUGGAGAUGA